CAAAUUCAGUGCACUAUAUAAUAGUAUCAAAGGGUCUCCAUGUUCAUCAACGCAAGCUACACAAAUCCUGCAAGUUUGAUCAAAAUCAAUGGAGCUCUCCAAGCUUUUUGUCACCCUUCUUAUCCUUCAAGCUCUAAUCCCUUCUCACUCUUCAAUCCAAGCAGCUCCUAAGAAUUCAAACCUGUUUCGUGAAUACAUAGGAGCUGAGUUCAAUAAUGUCAAGUUCACUGAUGUUCCUAUCAAUCCCAAUGUCGAUUUCCACUUCAUUCUCUCCUUCGCCAUAGACUAUGACACUUCAAGUUCUCCUUCUCCCACCAAUGGAAAAUUCAAUGUCUUCUGGGACUCUGAAAAUCUCAGCCCAUCUGAUGUUUCUUCAAUCAAAAACCAAUAUUCCAAUGUCAAAGUCGCCUUAAGCCUUGGAGGAGACAGUGUGCAAGGUGGCUAUGCUUAUUUUAACCCUUCUUCAGUGAAUUCAUGGGUGUCCAAUGCUGUUUCUACACUCACAGACAUCAUCAAACAAUAUAAUUUAGAUGGUAUUGAUAUUGAUGAUGAGCACUUUCAGGCUGAUCCUGAAACCUUCACAGAAUGCAUAGGACAACUUAUAUCAACCCUUAAGAAGAAUAGCGUUAUCUCAUUCGCUUCCAUAGCUCCGUUUGACGAUGAUCAAGUUCAAAGCCAUUAUCAAGCUUUGUGGAAGAAGUAUGGAGAGCUGAUAGACUAUGUAAAUUUCCAAUUCUAUGCAUAUGAUCAAGGGACAACAGUUUCUCAGUUUAUGGGAUAUUUUCAGACCCAAAGCUCCAACUACAAUGGUGGGAAGGUAUUGGUGAGCUUUAUCAGUGAUGGGAGUGGUGGGUUAGGGCCAGAUGAUGGAUUCUUUACAGCCUGCAGUAAACUCAAGAGUCAGAAGCAACUACAUGGGAUCUUUGUUUGGUCUGCAGAUGAUUCCAAAGCAAAUGGUUUUCGCUAUGAGAAGCAAUCACAGGCACUGUUAGCAAUACACCAUUGAUACAUUACUUCUUGUUGUUUAAUCUUGUAUGAUUAUAUAUAUAUAUACACGCUAAGAAUAAGUUAUAUACAUUAAUAAAGUUAUGUUAUUUUUAGACUCUA